AUGGGGAAAUAUGCAUCCAUUGAACAACAAAAAGAAUUUAAUAAGGGUCCGCGCCUCACAUCUAGAUGGCACCUCCCCUCGGCCUUCUCCCGCCUCCGCGAACGCUACGCCUCUCUCCCAUCUCCAGUCCGACGGACCUGUCGCAUGCUCCGUAUAUUCGGUCCUCUUCUUCCUAUAAGUCUUUUCUUCUCCGAGCAUGUUGCGCAGAUCAUGUGGGUGAAAGGCCCGUCCAUGACUCCCUACCUGAAUGAAGACUACGACCAAAUGCACACAAAAAGCGACAUGGUAUUGGUGAGCAUGUGGCCUUGGGGCUGGACAUUGCCAUGGCAAAGAUCCAAGACAUUAGAACGGGGAACAAUUGUGACAUUCCGAUCACCGGCGAACUCGUCCCAUGUAGCGAUAAAACGUGUCAUCGGUCUUCCGGGCGAUCGCAUUACGACACGCGAACCUUGCAUGAAACCCUCUCAAAUCGUCCCCUACAACCACGUUUGGCUGGAGGGUGAUGCCGAAGAUCCUCGCCGCACACUGGAUAGCAACACAUAUGGGCCAGUCAGUAUUAGUCUGAUAACAGGCCGUGUGAUUGGCGUGCUGGGUCCGAGAAUGCGUUGGUUAGAUUGGAGAAAUUGGGAAGCUGGAAAGAUAGAUGGAUCAUCCCCAGACAUUCAACAGGAUAAUUACCGGCAAAGGGUUCGUGAGCGGGUCGAGAAAGAAGUUGUGCAAUUGGAGCACCCGGAGUUCUAA